GAGAAGAGGAACCUAGGUCAGAAAGCACUAGCAUUCAUUUAUUCUAAGAAACAUGCUCGCGACUAAGUCAGUCACUGGGAGUUUUGCUGGGAUUAUACAUGGUCUGACCACUAGUCAUCUAACAGAAGAGUUGAUUCGGAGAAGCAAGCGUAUGAUUUUAGACACCUUGGGAGUCGGCUUGAUUGGUACCACAACAGAAGUCUUUCAUAAGGCAUUGCAGUACAGCAAAAUUUACAGCACUGACGUUUCAAGCACAGUCUGGGGCCAGCCUGACCUCCGUCUUCCUCCGCUCUAUGCCUCUUUUGUCAAUGGCGUUGCUGUUCACUCAAUGGACUUUGAUGACACUUGGCACCCUGCCACUCAUCCAUCUGGGGCAGUCCUGCCCUCAUUGAUUGCACUUUCAGAAACCUUACCUUCACAUCACAAGAAAUCUGGAUUAGAUUUUCUUUUGGCAUUUAAUGUUGGCAUUGAGGUGCAAGGGAGACUCAUGCACUUUUCUAAUGAAGCAAGCAAUAUUCCAAAGAGAUUUCACCCUCCUGCUGUGGUUGGCACUAUGGGAAGUGCUGCAGCAUCAUCUAAAUUUUUUGGUCUGGAUCAGGUUCAGUGCAGAGAAGCCUUAGCUAUUGCUGCAUCGUAUUCUGGGGCUCCUAUGGCCAAUGCAGGGACACAAACCAAGCCCCUUCACAUAGGUAAUGCAGGCAGACAUGGCCUGGAAGCUGCUUGUUUUGCAUUCCUAGGUCUUGAAGGGAAUAAACACAUCUUGGAUUUAGAGUCUGGUUUUGGUGCUUUCUACAAUGACUAUAACCCACAAGCCUUGCCAUCCCUGGAAUCCUACAAUUGGCUGCUAGAGAAACAAGACGUGGCUAUUAAAAGAUUCCCUGCUCACCUCGGGAUGCACUGGGUUGCAGAUGCAGCAUGUGCAGUACGGAAGCACAUAGCCAGGGAAAAUGAACCACUUCCCAUUGAUAAUAUUCAGAAUAUUGUUCUUAAAAUCCCAGAUGUUAAGUAUGUGAGUCGUCCCAUACCAAAUUCAGAACAUGAAGCUCGCCAUUCAUUCCAGUUCAAUGCAUGCACAGCUCUACUAGAUGGACUUGUGUCCAUUCAGUCUUUCAGUAACCAGAAUAUUUCCAGGCCAGAACUACAGAAGAUACUUAAUAAAAUAGAGAUUGUUCACCCUUCUGAUAAUCAACCAAAUUUUGAGAAACUGUAUAGUGAGGUGAGUGUUACAAUGAUAAAUGGAACCACCUUUACAGAGAGGUGUAACACAUUCUAUGGUCAUUGGAGAAAACCACUGAGCAAUGAAGACCUUGUAAAAAAAUUCAGGUCUAAUGCGUUGACAGUGCUUUCUGAGGAUAGAGUAGAAGGCAUUGUGGAGACAGUGAACAAGCUGGAAGAGCUACCUGACUGCUCAGUGCUCUGCUCAUUUCUAAGACCAAGUCAGGCUACUGGCAAGAAAGAUCAGUCUAACAAAAUAUAACGAUACAGAUAUUAGGAGUCAUUUAUUAGGACUGGCAUUUUAGACUCCAGUUAAUACCCCUUUAGCUGCUGGUGAUGCACCGGCUUCUACAUGACUUUGGCAUAUACAGACAUAGAAAAUGAUAAAUGAAAUGGGCCUGCUGGCCUGCCCCCUUUCACACCCACACCACGUCCCCUUUCUUAGACCUGGUGUGAGCUGGGAAAGGUCGCAGAUUGUGGCAAAAAUAACCUUUACUUAACAAUCUGCGACAGAUAUAUGCCAAAAAGUGGCGUAUGUCUGUUUGUAAAUGACCCCCAUUUUUAUACUGACAUAAUCUAAAUCUUCAAAUGGUUACUAGGUUUUCUUGUUUUAAAGAGGUUUUUCCACAAAAACAACCCCACUCGUAUCCAUGGGUUGUUUCUGGAAUUGUAGCUAAGACGCAUUCACUUUUAGCACAGUUCUAUAAAAAACUGUGGCCCAAAGUUUUUUUUAUAUAUUGGGUUGAAGGUGACUUCAUCAAUGGCUACAGGAUGUUCUCUAGAUACAAAUCCUGUAUCCUGGAUUCUGGGGCACACUACAGCUAUGAAGGCAUGAACAGGAAUACACAGGGUAUAUAGAGAGAGUACCUGAGUUAAUGUGAUGCAAAGUAUCAAUAGCCAUGAAUCAGAUCUCUCCAGAUCUGGUCUGAAAAACUUAUCCUUUGGACUAAUUUUUGUUUGCUAAAAACAAUUGUAGAAGAAAAUUAUUUUAAAAUUCCUAAAUGUUAAUACCUGUAAUAUGUAUAUAGCAAUGAUAUUUAUCAUGAUACUAGAUAAUUUAUAUCAGUAUUGUAAUACAUUUUGUUUCUUUCUGUAACACUGUAUGUCUGAUUAUAUAUGUUUUAUUGCUAUGUAAAAAUACUUGUGCAAUCUCCAAAACUGUCAGGCCUUUGAAUGAAAAAGGUCAGCUUAUUGUUUAUAAGUAUAACCCAUUAAAUUUUAUCUGACAAGUUAAUAGUACUGUACUCUGGUGAUUUGUUUUCUAUGUCAUAUUUCGC